AUGCACGAUCAUCUUUGCCAGUGUCCUAAGUACGAUGCGGUCACUCCUAAUAACUUGAGACGAGCCCGCCGCAAGAAGAACCGCCCCCUCCCAUGCCUUCCCCCUCUCAUGCCUUCCCCCUCUCAUGCCUUCCCCCUCUCAUGCCUUCCCCCUCUUAUGCCUUCCCCCUCUCAUGCCUUCCCCCUCUCAUGCCUUCCCCCUCUCAUGCCUUCCCCCUCUCAUGCCUUCCCCCUCUCAUGCCUUCCCCCUCUCAUGCCUUCCCCCUCUCAUGCCUUCCCCCUCUCAUGCCUUCCCCCUCUCAUGCCUUCCCCCUCUCAUGCCUUCCCCCUCUCAUGCCUUCCCCCUCUCAUGCCUUCCCCGUCUCAUGCCUUCCCUGUCUCAUGCCUUCCCCCUCUCAUGCCUUCCCCCUCUCAUGCCUUCCCCCUCUCAUGCCUUCCCCCUCUCAUGCCUUCCCCCUCUCAUGCCUUCCCCCUCUCAUGCCUUCCCCCUCUCAUGCCUUCCCCCUCUCAUGCCUUCCCCCUCUCAUGCCUUCCCCCUCUCAUGCCUUCCCCCUCUCAUGCCUUCCCCCUCUUAUGCCUUCCCCCUCUCAUGCCUUCCCCCUCUCAUGCCUUCCCCCUCUCAUGCCUUCCCCGUCUCAUGCCUUCCCCGUCUCAUGCCUUCCCCCUCUCAUGCCUUCCCCCUCUCAUGCCUUCCCCCUCUCAUGCCUUCCCCCUCUCAUGCCUUCCCCCUCCCAUGCCUUCCCCCUCCCAUGCCUUCCCCCUCCCAUGCCUUCCCCCUCUCAUGCCUUCCCCCUCUCAUGCCUUCCCCCUCUCAUGCCUUCCCCCUCUCAUGCCUUCCCCCUCUCAUGCCUUCCCCCUCUCAUGCCUUCCCCCUCUCAUGCCUUCCCCCUCUCAUGCCUUCCCCCUCUCAUGCCUUCCCCCUCUCAUGCCUUCCCCCUCUCAUGCCUUCCCCCUCUCAUGCCUUCCCCCUCUCAUGCCUUCCCCGUCUCAUGCCUUCCCCGUCUCAUGCCUUCCCCGUCUCAUGCCUUCCCCCUCUCAUGCCUUCCCCCUCUCAUGCCUCCCCCUCUCAUGCCUUCCCCCUCUCAUGCCUUCCCCCUCUCAUGCCUUCCCCCUCUCAUGCCUUCCCCCUCUCAUGCCUUCCCCCUCUCAUGCCUUCCCCCUCUCAUGCCUUCCCCCUCUCAUGCCUUCCCCGUCUCAUGCCUUCCCCGUCUCAUGCCUUCCCCCUCUCAUGCCUUCCCCCUCUCAUGCCUUCCCCCUCUCAUGCCUUCCCCCUCUCAUGCCUUCCCCCUCUCAUGCCUUCCCCCUCUCAUGCCUUCCCCCUCUCAUGCCUUCCCCCUCUCAUGCCUUCCCCCUCUCAUGCCUUCCCCCUCUCAUGCCUUCCCCCUCUCAUGCCUUCCCCCUCUCAUGCCUUCCCCCUCUCAUGCCUUCCCCCUCUCAUGCCCUCCCCCUCUCAUGCCUUCCCCCUCUCAUGCCUUCCCCCUCUCAUGCCUUCCCCGUCUCAUGCCUUCCCCGUCUCAUGCCUUCCCCCUCUCAUGCCUUCCCCCUCUCAUGCCUUCCCCCUCUCAUGCCUUCCCCCUCUCAUGCCUUCCCCCUCCCAUGCCUUCCCCCUCCCAUGCCUUUCCCCUCCCAUGCCUUCCCCCUCUCAUGCCUUCCCCCUCUCAUGCCUUCCCCCUCUCAUGCCUUCCCCCUCUCAUGCCUUCCCCCUCUCAUGCCUUCCCCCUCUCAUGCCUUCCCCCUCUCAUGCCUUCCCCCUCUCAUGCCCUCCCCCUCUCAUGCCCUCCCCCUCUCAUGCCCUCCCCCUCUCAUGCCUUCCCCCUCCCAUGCCUUCCCCUUCCCAUGCCUUCCCCCUCCCAUGCCUUCCCCCUCCCAUGCCUUCCCCCUCUCAUGCCUUCCCCCUCUCAUGCCUUCCCCCUCUCAUGCCUUCCCCCUCUCAUGCCUUCCACCUCUCAUGCCUUCCCCCUCUCAUGCCUUCCCCCUCUCAUGCCUUCAACCUCUCAUGCCUUCCCCCUCUCAUGCCUUCCCCCUCUCAUGCCUUCCCCCUCUCAUGCCUUCCCCCUCUCAUGCCUUCCCCCUCUCAUGCCUUCCCCCUCUCAUGCCUUCCCCCUCUCAUGCCUUCCCCCUCUCAUGCCUUCCCCCUCUCAUGCCUUCCCCCUCUCAUGCCUUCCCCCUCUCAUGCCUUCCCCCUCUCAUGCCUUCCCCCUCUCAUGACUUCCCCCUCUCAUGCCUUCCCCCUCUCAUGCCUUCCCCCUCUCAUGCCUUCCCCCUCCCAUGCCUUCCCCCUCCCAUGCCUUCCCCCUCUCAUGCCUUCCCCCUCUCAUGCCUUCCCCCUCUCAUGCCUUCCCCCUCUCAUGCCUUCCCCCUCUCAUGCCUUCCCCCUCUGAUGCCUUCCCCCUCUCAUGCCUUCCCCCUCUCAUGCCUUCCCCCUCUCAUGCCUUCCCCCUCUCAUGCCUUCCAUCCCCCUCUCAUGCCUUCCCCCUCUCAUGUCAUCCCCCUCUCAUGCCUACCCCUCGCACCUCUCCAACACUGCCUGUUGUUCCGCAGUCGCUCUGCUUGCCCGUUUCAUGCGCCUCUUCCUGCUGCACCUGCGCGGCCUGCUGUUCCCCUCAGUGCGCCCGCCCUCACCGGUACCCACACCAUCAUCCCAUCUCACACGACCCUACCACCACCAGGCCGCCCUCGACAGCUGGUUCCCGGACCGGCGCCCGUUCACACAUGUAGCGCGCUGACUGCUGCAUCCGGCCAACUUUGGUCAUCGGUCAUCGGUGGGUUGCGAGCAUCAUUGGUCAUCGGUGCUCGCGAAUGA